UUCAUAAUAGUAUUAAAAGACGUAGUUUGACUUCGAAGUACUCAGAAAGAAAGAAAAACGAUUUUCCCAUUUAUGAAGAAAUCGCCAUGAAAUAGACCAAAAAAUCAUUCCUUUACGAUGGAAGUUGUGUAUACAUGCAGUGAUGACUCUCACAGCAAUGUCAAAGACUGGAUUUCAGAGGAGAAGUGUUGCACUUCAUUAUCAAGCCAAAACGUGCUGGCAGUCAGCAGGCAGAAAACAGCUUCACACAAAAAGAAAAGGGGACAUGAAACCAGCAUGACCUAUGAGAUUGGUGUGUUUGAUCUGGAUAAACCGUGGGAGUGGUUCACCGUUACGACUUGUUCAGCCAUGGUUACCAAUUUACAGUGGGACAAAACUGGGACCAGAUUACUAAUCACAGAUUCCUCUGGUUUAUGUCAAGUGUGGCAGAUGCAGGAGUUUCUUGUGAAUAAAUGGGAAUGUAUGGGAUCCUCCUCACUUCCUGGAGAGGAUAUUUUGGCUGUUGCCUGGUUCCACACUGGUGUUCAGGUUUUGUUCAGCCCAGAAAAGAAAGAUGCUGCCACUUAUGAUGACAAGUUCAUCAGAGAACGUUAUCAGCCAUCUGUGUCCCAGUUUGGAGGAAAACCUGUGGAUGGAUGGAUAGUGGUUACAGCCAGUGGUCUGGUGGAUUGCUGUGUGAUAAACAGACAGGAACCUUUCAUUACCUCCUCCCACAAGUCACUGUCUCUCACCCCUCAACGACUCAGUCUGGCCGCCAUUGCUUACUCCAACAUGGGGGGUAUCGUCAUCGCCACCAGCGAUGGUCAGCUGUCCUCUCUGGUUCAAUGUUUCCAUGUGACCAUACAACUGACCACAGAAGGCAUCCAACUCACCAGCAAACCUACCUCCAGUCUGCAUAUGAAGAGCCGCAUGGAAUAUUCUACCAACGAUAGUCAGCAGAUGACUGUCAUCAGUUUAACCUUUAUGAACCCUGAGUCAUGUGACACUCUGAUUGUUAGUUGUGGUUGCCAUGGAUAUAGUUCUAUGGAGAUUUGGCAACUUGUAGAACAGCAUACAACUCUUCACCAACUUUGUCAGUCUGGCCAAGGGAUUGAUAAUGGAUUCAAAAUUCACAAAUGGAUGCAUCACUCCACCAUUCAGCAUACAUCAUACCUGUCCUGCAUAGCAACAUCAAACCUUCCUGUCAAACAUGUAAUGGAGACAGGGUUUUCACCAUACAUAGCCGCAGCUUAUAAAGAUGGGUCCAUCAAACUCAUUCAUCGCCAUAAUCACCAAGUGCUACACACUUCGACUGAUGUAUUACGUAUGCAUGCAGUCAGCAGCUCUCCAGCAAAGAAGUCCAAAAAAUCUGUCAAUAUUACAAAUCUUGUACAGACAUUUUGUGGGUGUGGCCUUGUUGCAGUGCAUGAUGGGAAAGUGUCAGUUCUGAAAGUUUACAAUGUUAAAGAUGGUGCUAUUUCUCUGUCUGCUCUCUUGGUCUGCCUAUUAUUUGAGUAUGCCUUGGUCACUGGCAAUGAUUGGUGGGGAAUUCUGCUGGCAGUCAAGCCAGGAAAUAUUGAAGCAAUUUGCCAGAAGCUGAUUGACAAUUUCUUUAAGCAGUCUUCUGCCAUGCAGGAGGCUGUUGCCAUGCGACUCCAGGCCCUCAAGGUGGCGCUGUACAGUACAAACUUCUCCAGUCGAGAGAAAGCCUCAGACUGUCAUACUAGGCUAGUGUUACAGGCCAUCAACGCUCUGUUCAGGGGACUUCUGAGACCAAAGGUUAUUACUUCACAGGAUAAGAGUCCUGGAGAGAAGCUGAGUGCCCUCUGUGUGAAGUCCACUGAUGGUGACCUUGACAAGGUUCUGUAUGGCCUUGACAAGGACGAGUUUCAGGUGGACACAAAACGAAGGGAUAAAGCCGGAGAUGUAGUGAUGAUGCAGUCAUUAAAACCACUCAUCCAGUGGAUUGCAGAUUUCUGUCUACACCUGCUAGCCUCCAUACCUCUCUAUCAAUCCUACCCUACCUUCCCUGGCUCCUCUCUACUGAGUGACAGCUCCCUUCUGAGGACGCUGCGAGAACUUCUGGUCAUCAUUCGGAUCUGGAGCACCACAUCACCCAGUGUGGCACCUGUGUUCACCACCACGUCAAAUGUGGACUGCUUAGCUCACCUGUAUAAAGUCCUCACCAAGGCUUGGUUAUGUUGCAAGGAUGGCACAAAGCUGGACUUUGAUGAAACUCUGCUUGAUGAGUGCUGUGUUCUUCCCAGUAAGCUGUUAGUGCCUGCUAUGAACCAGAGCUUUAGGCUUUACAGCUCUGGGUAUACUGUUUUUGGACAGUCGUUUCCUGUCAGCUUUGUCUGGGGUGAAUUUCCGGAAUAUCUUUACAGUCAGAAGAAAUCUAAGUUGAUGUAUGUGUCUGAUGUAUUGACUGAAAAUCAGCAACAUCAUGACAUCAUCAGGCAGAUUCACCUCGGGGUGAACUUGUCCGAGAAUGUCCGUCAGUGCUGCCGCUGUGGAGGGUUCUCACUGCUUACAAGUGUUACCAAGUCCUCCAUUAUGAAAGCCUGGGAAAAAAGAUGGCAGAGACAUUGUCUGUGUGCAGCUCACUGGAAGCUAGCAUAA